GAUAACAGAAGAGAUAACUCCACUUCCUACCAGACAGAGAGGAGUGUUCUAACACCGAAGUUUGAAAUAGGAAAUAUUAUGUGCCACAGUGUUCGAAUUUCAACGUAAGGACGGCUACGACGUAAUAAGAAAACGGAGAUAAAGUUUCAGCAAUGAAGUUCACGCUUAUUGUGGUCUGCUUCGUCGCCUUGUCAUGCUGCUUGGCCGCUGAUUAUCCUGGCUGUCAACACUACACAUGUACAGAGUGUAUCCGUCAUCCCACUUGCAUCUGGUGCUCAGAGAACAACACCGAGACCAGAUUGCCGAGUUGUAUCAGCCAUGAGCACCCUGACUUCGAUAACUGGCAAGUGUGGUGUGAUAAUCAAAUAGUCGAACCGGAAUACAUUUACACUGUGAUCGAGGAGGAGCCUUUGUCUUCCGAUGGCGACGUCGAGAAUAUUGUGCAGAUGAAACCGCAGGAGGUUAACCUUACACUCAGAAUUCAGACCCCCCACAACAUAACCUUGACCUACAGCCACUCAGACAAUUAUCCAGCUGACGUCUACUACUUGAUGGAUGGAUCUAAGUCCAUGGCAGACGAUAAGGAUAUGUUGUAUACUCUUGGAGAAAAGCUGGCAGAAGGAAUGAAGGAGAUCACCUCUAACUUGCACCUCGGUUUUGGCAUCUUCAUUGACAAGCCAGUGUUGCCUUACAUUUCCACCAUUCCAGUGACCGGGGGCGAAACACCAGCCUACAGUUUCAAGAACGCUCUUCCACUCACUAGCAAUGCCUCAGCUUUCACGGAGGAGGUUGAGCGAGCGAAGGGCGCCACCAACCAGGACUUCCCUGAGGGCGGGUUUGAUGGCCUCAUGCAAGCUAUAGUGUGCGAGGAGAAAAUCAAGUGGCGCGGCACCAGUUUUCGGGUGAUCAUAUUUUCUACUGAUGCUGGUUUCCAUCUCGCGGGGGACGGGAAGCUUGCUGGUAUCUUAAGACCCAACGACAAGCAGUGCCAUCUUGACAACAACAAUGAAUAUAACAAAGCCAUUCAGUACGACUAUCCUUCAGUUGCUCAGAUCAACGAGAUGGCGAAGGUCCACAGAAUCAACCUGGUGUUCGCCAUCACAGCCGAGCAGGAACCGCUCUACGCCCGCCUCUCGCAGCACAUAGAGGGCGCGUCUUCUGGCGUUCUGGCGAGCGACUCCUCUAAUGUGGUUGACCUCCUCACCAGCAGUCUUAAGGACAUCAUUAGCAAAGUGGAACUGAGGGAGCGAGACCACAACGCCCACGUUUCAGUGCGUUACUUCAGCGAGUGCAAGGACGGCGAGAUGAAGGAACGAUCCUCUUGCCAGGGACUCGAUGCCGGGGACGAGGUCGAAUUCCUGGUGGAGGUCACGGCCACAAAAUGCCCAGACAACGAGAAAGAUUGGAAUCCAGUCAUCGAAGUGUAUCCUGUGGGCCGACAGGGGUCUCUGCAAAUCAACCUGGCGAUGCACUGCCAGUGCAGCUGUGCUAAGCCAGGUGAUAAGGGUUACAUUGCAAAUGCAGAGGAAUGCAACAGGAACGGCGAUUUCAAGUGUGGUGUAUGUGAGUGCCACGAAGGUUUCCUUGGGAAGUCAUGUGAAUGCGACAGCAAGGAUGCCGACAGCACUGGCACCAUCAGCGAAGACUCGUGCCGACAGACGAACACCUCCGCAAUCUGCAGCAACCGUGGUCAGUGCAGGUGCGGGCAAUGUCAGUGCAAUACGCCAGCAGAUCCGACUCAGCAAAUCUAUGGGCCAUUCUGCGAGUGCACCAAUUAUUACGGAUGUAUCGGCAACGAAGGCUUAAUCUGCUCAGGCCACGGGACUUGUGACUGUAACAAAUGUCAGUGCGAUAAGGGCUGGAGUGAUACCCUGUGCUCUUGUGACGAAGCUGACGACCAGUGCAAGGACCCAGGCAUGGACGAGAUCUGCUCAGGUCAUGGCACAUGCCAGUGUAACAAGUGCAUUUGCAGUGACGGCUACAAUGGCAAAUAUUGUGAAGACUGUCCUACAUGUACAGGAAAGUGCACAGAAUACACCCCCUGUGUUCAGUGCCAUGCGUUCCAGACAGGACCGUAUGAUGCCAACGAGUGCGAGGCUAACUGUGCUAUAUAUAACAUCACCUUGCAUGAAACAUUAGAGGUUGACAGCGGAAAGGAGAAAAAAUGUUCGUUUAUGGAUGAUGAUAACUGCCUCCACGUCUUCGCUUACACCCACGGGAGUGCUGGCGGAGUGACAGUCAUACGAGUCCAGACGGCGAAGGAGUGCACGGCCCCUGUCAACAUUAUAGCCGUGAUCGUGGGCGUGAUCGGAGCCGUGUUGUUGAUAGGGAUUUUGGCCCUUAUCGUCUGGAGGGUUUGGGCGUCCAUCCAAGACCGGCGCGAGUAUUCGAAGUUCAUUAUGAGUCGGGAUAACGAGAAAUGGACGGACAAUCAAAACCCGCUGUACAAGCAAGCCACGACCAUUGUCCAGAAUCCAAUGUUUGGAAUGAACAACUGAAGCUUCACAUAAGUUCCUGAUGCAGCGCCUGUCAAGAAUAAAAGCGAGCAUAUUGAUAAUUCCUAAUUUCUCUUUCUCUUUUUCUUUCUUUUUUCUUUUCUUUCUUUCUUUCUUUCUCCCUUUUUUCUUUUCUUUCUUUCUUUCUUUCUCCAUUUUUCCUUUCUUUUUUUUCUUUCUUUCGUUCU